UCAUGCAUUAGAAACUAUUCUUAACCUGCUGACUAUAUUUUGUUCACGUUAAAUUCUCUUGAAUUAAAUACCUCACAGUCGCUGUACAAGCUGCUUCAGUACUACACCACAUUCAAAGAUGAAGUUCAUUUGUCCUGGGCUGUUAAAAACAGGCACCAAAUCUUUGAGCCAAGGGUUAAGAAUCCUAGGAUACAAAGUAUACGAUUUUGAUGAACAACUAUUACACUUCGAAGAGGAGUUUAGAGGCCUGUAUUUUAGCGAUAAAGUUCCUGAUUUCUACCGUAUGUUUAAGGAUGUAGAUGCAGUCGUAGAUCUUCCCUGUUGCUUCUUCUUUGAAGAACUGAUGGAGGCGUUUCCCGAGGCUAAAGUGAUACUUACUGUUCGUACCGAUGAAGACGCUUGGGUCGAAAGUUGCAAGAAUCAAAUCAAAAUGUUCGACGACGCUUAUAAGAAUCCAAUGAUUCGGUAUUUUUCAACAAUUCAUAACACCUUCUACAUGAUUGGAAAGGCAGGGCUGAAUGCAAUUAUUGGCACCACGGAUCCCAACGCUACGUACAUCGCACGGAAGCGCUAUCGCUGGUACAACGAUCGAGUCAAGUCUGUAGUUCCUGCAGACAAGCUGCUUGUCUACAGUGUUGAAGAGGGAUGGGAACCAUUGUGUGAGUUCACUGGCAAAGACGUCCCAGAUCAGCCAUUUCCACACUUGAAUAAGAAAGGGGCAGAAUUACAGAAGAUUGAGACGGAGACAGAAUUUGGCAGAAAGUUGAGAAGGGAAUUCGAUUUAUUAAAAAUUUAUCUCGCAAUAUUUGUGGGGUUUGUUGCAAUUUUCAUUUACAUUGUUUUAACAGUUUUAAUGUAAUCAAGAGUACGUGAAUUAUUUUAGUCCUUCCAAUAUUCAAAUGUAAUGGCGAAGUUUAUACAUUUUAGCCGUUUUUUUUAAAAAUU